AUGCACAAUGCGGCUGCCACCGCGGCAGUUUCGGCUGAGCCGGGGUCGAUGGUCAUUGACAUCGGCCCGGCGCUCAUGAAAGCCAAGGAGACAGUCAAUGAAGGGGGGGAAAUGAAAGGGCGUCCCAAGAAAGGGGGGCCUGAGCCGUUCAUGGACUUCGCGCAGGCAUCAGAGAUACCGGUGCCGGCGGAUGAAAGCUCCUCUCCUCUCAAGCGGGAGGCCCAGGAAAGGGUGGAUGGCCGCUCCCCCAAAAAGAGCGCUCCUUCCAAGGAAGUGGUUCAAGUGGAUAUGAGCCAAUUGGCGGCCUUGUUGGAACAGACAGGCCAAAAGAUCAUGAAGGCGCAGCACGAACACUUGGAGGCCAGAAUGGGGGCCCUUGAGGAAUUGACAGGGAAACGGCUGGCAAGUUCGGAAGGGCGUAUUGGUCGUUUGGAGGACAAGUUCGAGUCGGUGGAGAGUCGCUUGGAUGAACUUACGAAGCAGAUCCAGCAGAAGGGCACCACUACGUCGGGGAAGGAACCGGAUCGACGCUUCACACUCGUCUAUGGUGGCUGGCCGAGAGACUCCCGACGAGACGAUAUCUUGCAACAACUGCAAAAGAGCUUGGACAAGCUAGGCGUCUGGGAGUCCAUCGAUUAUGCACCCUUCACUACAGGACCCAGGCGCAGCACAGCUCUCAGUGUCUUCGCCCCCCGAGGAUGUGAAUCCGAAUAUGAAGUCAAACGCCGGAUGCACACGGUCAUCCGGUCCUUGGCCGAUAACGAGAUCAAGUUGUCGGGAGGAAAACAACUCUUUGCGACUUUCGCGAAGAGCAAGGAGGAGCGGAUCAUCAGUGGCCACGCUGCCUGGGUUAAAAGGGCAGUCGUCGAGGUGUGUGGGCUUGAUACGGCGAGAGGGCUUGACAUCGAAUACACUACGGGCAGUGUCUGGCUUGGGAACAGCUUUGUGGCGAGCGCCAAGACUCCUCACCCUCCAGGAAUUGCUUCGCAGGAGCUCCUCUGGGAUGACGACAAGUCGGAGUCACAUUGGAUCCACGUCGGUUCCGCCUACCGUGACGCAGUCGACACCAAGGAGGCUUUCCGCAGAGCAAGGACCACUAAGCGGGCAGAGGAUUGGACACUAGCAAGGAAGUUCAGGAAGCGAGACAGGCGUAAGUGGGAAAUGGACAGAAUGCAAAGGGCUACUUCAGGGGACUGGCAAGCUUUCAGAGAAUUAAAGCCGGAACGACACUAUGGUUGGGAUACCCACUUUGCGGAAGCACAGCAAGAGCAAGAUCCGCACACGGCCAUCCAUGAACACUUAGAGACAAUCUACACGACAGGCGUGGUGGUACCACCGCUACCGCCAUGGGAGGGUCCAGUUGCUGAUUUUACGACAGAGGAGCUUAGAUUUGUGCUUACACAAGGGAAACCGGGGAAAGCAGUCGGCACUGAUGGUACCAGUCAGGACUUCCUUUCUGGGCUGGCACAGGUACCUGGCGGCCUGGAGGCCUUGCUGCAAUUCUUCAACCAAGUUUACAGAACGGCGGACAUUCCAGAGGACUGGGGUGUAGCUCUCAUGCUGGUCAUCCCGAAAGAGGCUCUCCCCACGGAACCAAAGAACCUACGCCCUUUGUCGCUAGGCUCUGGGGUGGCGAAAUGCUUCAGUCGACUUCUGAUGUUACGCACUUCCUCAGCGCUACGACCCAGGGGCUGGUCCCAAUGCUCGGGGCCAGGACGCCAGACCAACGAAUACCUCUUUGGCAUAGGCAGGAUCAUGCAACUUGAAGCGGAGUGGCAUUCCGGUUUCGCAAUGGCUAAGAUUGACCUCCAUAAGGCUUAUGAUCUCGUCCAUAGACCGGCUAUGUUGCAGCGCCUCCAGCAAGCACUAGGCGAUGGACCAACAUACAGAUGUUGGCAUACAUUGUUGUCAGAAACAAGCGCAAUACUCCAGACAGAGUGGGGUCAGACCAGGCUGCAGCUUGAUCGAGGGAUAAAGCAGGGCUCGAUCGAAUCACCUGCUAUCUUCAGCUGGCUGGCAGAGGAGAUCUUGGAGGACACUCGACGCCGAUAUCGUUGGGACGCCCGGGAGCCUGUCUUUGAGGGAUUGAGGGUCCAGGAACUUCUAUUUAUGGACGAUGGAUGCCUCUGGGACAAAACAGCAAAGGGUCUAUCUCAGAAAUUGGAGGAGUGGGCAACAGAACUGGCACUGGCAGGGCUGCAAUUGAACCCUGCUAAAUGCAAAGUCUAUUUCUCUCCGUACCUGCGCGGACCGAGGGGAGUUCGGGUCAGGGAGCUUGAGGUGCCCGAGGUUAAGUCCUUUGAGGUGAUGGGUGUCCCCUUCCGAGUGGGGGCUACUAGUUCGGAAUUGAUCGCGCCCUUCCUCCAACGUGCCAAAGACAAAUUCUGGAGCCUCAAACACCUCCUCCGAGCACACACGCCACUUAAGGGACGAAUUUGCUUGUUGGACCGUGUGGUUGGGGGCUUGGUUCUUUGGUGUUUGGCCUCGCUGGCACCUGACAAUAGCUCCAUGGCACUCCUCAAUACCCUUCAAUUGCAACUUGUCAUCUGGAGCAUGCGACUUGCUAAGAGACCUGACGAAUCCUGGUUGUCCUUCCGGAAACGGUCGUACCGUGGAGCAAGACAAGUUGUCUGGACACACUUGCAAAGGCGCUGGUCUACGUGCUGGUUGGACCGCUGGUGGUGCUUUGCAGGCCACAGGGCGAGGGGUCUAGAUAGAGAUGUUCCGGGUGCCGCUUCUAUUGUGGAUGCCUACAGGGAUAGGGAAUGGUGGACAGCAGAGCAAAGCAAACCAGUUGAUCACAGGGUCCAACAUCCACGACAUUUCCCCAAGCUGUCAAACAUGGAGAAGGACAUGGACACAGCAGCCACAGGCUCCUUGGCCAAAACUUGCCUCUUGCGAGCACAUCCGUGUUUCUUCGCCAUGACGGGCGUCUCCACGCUUUCCAUUUUCUGGACUGUGUGGGUGUUGUCGUGGUGGAUGGUAACUGCGGUUCCUCCCCUAGGGAGCUCCCAACCGCCGAUGACGAAGGAAGCCAAGCGCACUUUGCGCACAAUGCCAAAGGAAACCCAGGCACAGCCGGCCUCACCUUCCAUCAUGCCUUUCCCGCAAGGCAAAGGCCGCGCUGCACGCGAACUACCCCAGGAAACAGACGAUGAAGCUUCGUGGAUGCAGAAGGAAGCUAUGAACCACCAAGCUGGUGAACAGGAGCCGUGGGCAACACUCCUCCUUCGGAUCCAUGGAGACCUGGAUGCCAUGCCCAAGCAUGUGAGAGGAGUGGCAGCGGGGCAGCUACUGAGGUGGCUCGACCAUCAUGCCACGGAUGUGGAAAGUGGCUACCUGCUGGGGCACAUGGGUGGUUAUACCCAGCAGCUUACGGCGGUGCUGGUGGCCAUGAGAGAUGAUGAAAGGGAGGGCUCUGCCCUCAACCGUGGAACCCGUUGGUUCGACUGGACCCUGGAAAUUUGGAAAGCUGUGUGUGUACACAUACCCUGCCAGGAUGGUUCAGCGGAGGAUCUGGGUAGGGAGUUGUCCAUGGAGCUCCCCACGGUUAUGCUCUUCUCUAGAGCACUACCAACGGAUACGCCAGAGUCAGUACAGCCGAUUGACUCGGAUGUGGAGGAAGGCCCGCCCAGGACAAAGCGCAAAGUGCUGCAGGUGGAGCUUAGUUCUGGCUCUGCGGACCGACCGAGGACAACUACGAGACUGGAACUCCCUCUCAAUGAGACGGGCACCGCGGAGCUACAUAUGACGGCCACUGUUGCUGAGGUCUCUUUGACACCUCAAACCUCUCCAACGCCACCGAGUGCUCUGCUUGCGCUGCCCGACCAGGCCCCACAUGGAUUGCACCUCUGGGGACUGUCAAUGUCUGACUACAACGCCUUGUGGGCGAGCUGGAGGACAGGCUGCUUAUCAGUGGCAGAGAUCAGCAGAGUGCAUGGACCUGUUGUGGCAGCCACGCUCAUGCGAGAAUGGGGUGCCUUACCGGUUGAGGCAUAUCUGCCAGAUGCCAUGGCAGCCAGAGACCCCUUGGAGGAUGAACCCAUCACCAAGGACGCGGAAGGCGACGAGAAUGGCCUCUCACAGUGGUGGUGGACCCUCGUUCCUGCGGUGCCAGGGAUGCCGGGGAGACCCACAGUACCCCAGACCGACUCCUUCUUCCCGCUCGGCCGGAGGGUGGUGCAAUAUUUGGUUGGCCAAGGUGCAGAGUCGGGGCUUUUGGCUACAGUUCUGCAGAUGAUGGCAGAGGACAGACACAGUCACGACUAUGAUAUCAUGCUCCAGGAUUACCUCCUGGCCCUGGACCUUCCGGUGGAGGCUGACUGUGCGCGCGAAAAUGAAGUCGAACCGCACCACAGGGAUGUUCUACAAUGGAUUGAAGAGGAACUUUGGGAAGAAUUUAUUGACCUCAUGGAAGCCACAGCUGGUUGGGAAAGUGACGGGGUGAUGAGCCUGCGGACCAACCGGGUCAUCUCACAGGCUGAUAUGGGAGUCUGGAGAGAUUGGGCGACCUCGGUGACCUCGCCUCUCUCACCUCCCUCGAGAACCAGGUCGCGAUCGCCGCGGAGGACGGAGGGACGAGACCAUGAUGCCUCCAGCCUUAUGGACACCACGGGCUCCUCCAGACCGAGGCCACGCAGAGCAGCAUCAACACCAAGGCCAUCUGAUGCCUCACCCGGGAGCUCAGGUGAUGGGGACAGAGGGGCGCGUCCUGCUGCCACGCCCAGACCCUCGGCGACGGGGUCGACUGGAGCAAGGGAUCGGGAGAGAAGCGCACGCCACAGCCGGACCUCUGAGGCGGACGAUGACUCCAGGCCACGGAUCCCCCGCCGGAGCACUACCCGUUGUACGGAGGAGGUUCGGCACCUCAAUCCUCUGGCGCGGAGAAGUCACCGACAUUUGGUCAGCCGAGACAGGCCAAUGGAUGCGCAGGAUGCCACGCUCUGGUGGUUACGCGUGUUGGGACUACGAUCCCCCACGGAUCCGACAGUGCACAGGGUCCUCCACCCGGAUGGCCACCAGGACCGCAUUGCCGAGAUCAACGACAUCCCGGCAUCCGACCUGCUUAUGAUCGUGGUGGGCCUUCUCCGGGUGACUGCCAUGUUAUGGGUAGAAUGCUGCCAACUAGUCUUCCACCACCCACGGUUGGCAGCAGAUGUCGAAGUCACCGUGGAGGAAGAAGACGAGACUAUGUGGAUGCAGUUGCCGUCCGCUGCAGGCCGAGAUGACAACCCGGAUGAGGCUUCGAACGGUGAUGACAGGGCAUCGCAUUGGAAUGGAACAACCACGGACGAGGAGAACCAUGCUUUGGGCCUGCACCGGCGCCGCACCCCAUGCUCAGGCCAAAGCAUUGACACGGAAGGGCGUGAUCGGCACGCUGGACUGGAACCAGGGAACAAUGCUGAUCCGGAGAUGCAACAGCUCCUAGACGAUGAACUGGAGGCAGAUGCUGACAGGAGGUUGCAGCAGGAACGCCAUGAAGGGUGGGAGGCUUGGAAAGCCUGCGAUGAGGCCAAACAAGCUGCCCAGGAUGCGGAGGCCUUCUCUGCCUACCAGGCGGCGCGGUACCGAGAUUGGGAGGAUUGGGAGCUCCAGACGGCUCGCUCGGAUCUCCCCAGGCGCCUCCGCAUCGCCCUCCAGGUUACGCAUGGGUCGCAGACUACUCAGGCUGCAUGUAGCCUCCCACUGGCCCGAGGAAGGGAUGUCCAUUUUUCGGUACAGAUGCAGGAGAUCGAAAUGGCCCCACCUCCCAUGGACUCUGGGGAGCACGCGGCUCCGCAGGGCAGUUCGCUAUCUCUGCCAGCCUCUACCUCUGCGGUCCCUCACGACAACAGGCCGUUGGAUGACUUGUAUGCUGCGUGGAUUCAGGGUCGAGUCUCGGAUGCACAACUGCUGGAACAAGUGGGAGAGGAGCUCUAUGUCCUCUUCUUGGGCCAACGUGCAGAUAUGGAGGAUGAUGAUAUGGGGAUCGGCGAACAGGAUGACAAGUACAAAGGGAUGAAACGAAGCUUCGAUCGUAUGAAUGCUGACACGACUUCGAAGGGUGACGUCUGA